AUGAAUUUCGGAAGUGCAUCGACAAGCGGAGGCUCGUCUCCAUUUGGACAGGCAACAUCAGGCUCAACUGGUGGCCUCUUCGGUAACAUUGGUGCGGGCGGCCAGUCUACAUCGACCUCAUCACCCUCAAUAUUUGGUUCAACUCCUGCUCCAGCGGCAACUGGUAGUCUAUUUGGCGCGCAAAAACCUGCAGCUCCGGGUGGUACCUUCAGCUUUACGAAUCCUGGUCAGGCCUCCGGCCAGCAGAGCAGCUCUCCCAUAUUCGGUUCUGGCGCCGCAACUCCAAACAAACCAGCAGACUCUGCCCAAGCACAAAAACCGUCAGGCCUAUUUGGAGCAGGUAAUACUACCACGGGAAGCUCUAAUCUCUUUGGAAGUACAACACCCGCUACCACAAAAUCUGGACUAUUCGGAAAUAUAUCAACAACUCCCGCGGGCCCACCGCCGCAGUCGCAGUCCAAUGCUCAGAAGCUACCUUCUUUCGGACAGCAGACCUCUGCUCCAUCAGCUCUUUUCGGAAACGCACGCACUUCAAGCCCAUUGUCAGCAACGACUCCUGCAGUUUCAUCACCAGCUUUCGGAGCUAAGGCCAGUGCAGGCCAGCAGCAGACGAAGCCUGCAGGAGGCUUGUUUGGUGCUGUUGGUUCAGCAAAUACCUCUACUAACGCUCCGGGAGGGAUGUUCGCCAAUUUAGGCCAAGCUAAGCCAGCUACCGAUGCCUCCAAGCCAAGCACAAACACACCUUUAUUUGGAGCUGGUGGAUCUACGCCUACAACCACUCAGUCCUCCGGUUCAUUGUUUACUCCGUCGUCUGGAGCUUCCACCCAGCCCGCCUUUUCUCUGACAUCAGCUUCCACAACAAAACCGUCAACAUCUUUGACUACAACUUCAACUACUGGCGGUAAUACCCAAGGUUCUCCAUUCUCCCUCGGUACUCCAUCAUCUACGGCCGCACCCACUGCCACCACAACCGCUCCAUCCGGUGGACUUUUUACCACUCCAAAACCGAACGUCCCUACAGAUUCCACCACGCCGGCUACCACUACUGCGGCUCCUACAAGCAACAUGUUUGCAAACUUUGGGAAGCCCGCUACUACCACAACAGCCCCGUCUACCACAACCACUACGGGGACUACAGGUGCCACUACCGGGACUACAGCAUCGUCUGCGCCUGCGGCCACUGCGACAGCAUCGGCUCCAGCUACCACCAAGCCUGGAACUACUACGGCCACUACAACCGGAACUAACCUUGGGGCAUCAACUGUCGGCCCAGCUCCGCCCGCCCAAUCUCGCCUGAAAAAUAAGACAAUGGACGAGAUCAUCACUCGAUGGGCAACAGAUCUUACCAAAUACCAAAAAGAAUUCCAGGAGCAAGCUGAACAAGUAGCUGAAUGGGAUCGAAUGCUAGUUGAAAAUAGCACCAAGGUGCAAAAACUGUAUGGAAACACAGUUGAUGCCGAGCGAGCUACCCAAGAGGUGGAGCGGCAACUCGCCUCUGUUGAGAGCCAGCAAGAUGAGCUAAGCUCCUGGCUUGAUCGAUACGAGCAGGAAGUUGAGACUCUGCUUUCCAAGCAGGUUGGAACAGGAGACAAUCUUCCUGGCCCAGACCAGGAGCGUGCACGAACAUACAAACUCGCGGAACGGCUCUCGGAACGCCUUAAUGAAAUGGGCCAGGAUCUCACUAGCAUGAUCGAAGAAGUUAACACUGCCUCUGCAACGCUCAGCAAGACAAGCAAGGCUGAUGAACCGAUCUCCCAAAUCGUUCGCAUUCUCAACUCUCACCUCUCUCAACUCCAGCUCAUUGACCAAGGAACUGCUGCUCUCCGAGCUAAGAUCACUGCAUCUCAGAAGCUGGGUAACUCCAUGAGCGCUUUCAAGAAUGGUACUCCCCGUGGUGCCGGGAGUGGCAGCGGAGGAGCUGCGGAAGAUUUCUAUCGCUCUUACAUGGGACGAAGAUAG